GGGCGUGAGGCUCCGCGCCGGCUGGGACGGAGCAGCCGCCUCCGCCGCAUCCCCCGCCGGCCCGGCCAUGGCGUACGGUGGCCUCACGGUGCCCAUCAUCGUCAUGACCGUUUUCUGGGGGGUGGUCGGCGGCGUCCUGCCGUGGCUCGUACCCAAGGGCCCCAACCGCGGUGUUAUCAACACAAUGCUGGUGACAUGUGCUGUUUGCUGCUACCUGUUUUGGCUGAUUGCGAUUCUGGCUCAACUCAACCCCCUCUUUGGGCCGCAGUUAAGCAAUGAAACAAUCUGGUAUCUUAAAUAUGAGUGGCCUUAAGGAUGCCUGUCCUCUGCUGCAAUUUAUUGACUAGGUUCAGAAGAUACUUCCUCCAGAUGAAAAGCUCCACAGAUCCAAAGAUGCCCUUAACAUAGUUUGUGGGAUAUCAAGUCUGCAUAUUAAUGCCUUAAAUUUUCUAUUGUGCUUCAAAUGGCUUUUUCAAAGCCUGAUAUUUUCCCCCACUCUACUGUUUAACACUGUGCCUAAUACACUUUAUACUCCUCUUUGGUACUGUAAAUUUUUCACUAUUAACAGCAGAUGUGAUGGAACUUUCCAAAGUUUUUGUGGGUCAUAGACAGCUUUCCUGUCUACUUUACUCAUUCGUUAGGAACAUUCUGCAUCUUACAGGUCUUGCCUUGUCUGUUGCUGUGCUGUUCACCCCUGUUCUAUUUGCAAUUGAAAAAAAUGUGUACAAUGAAACUGAACGCAGAGAGAAAAACCAGUGGUGCCACGUUUUGAUGGCCUUUCUUUUUUAAAAUUAGUUAUAUCUGGGGGAAAUUUUGUCUUAAAUUUCUCAUGGAAAUAAAACUAAUCCUCUGCUUUAUACCA